AUGGAAUCAUUGACUUUCCAUUUGCGACAUGGUGACGAGGAGACGAUCGAGUCUUGGGACGACGACGGGGAUUUACAAUGUUACGAAGAUAUUCAACUGCGCGCCGCGUCCAGCGCUACAUCAGUGACAACUUCCUCUAUCCGGCGCUCUGGCCACCGGGAUUCUAUAUCCUCACGUCGCUCCGCUCGCUCUGAUCUUGACUCCACGGCGGGUGAUGAUGAGGACUGGCAGGUCCAACUAUUGGACAAUGAGGAAGCCGUGAACGAGGAAGCCAUCGCUUCCGCCAAAAGUGCCGGGAUCCCACUGCCUGCAAACGUACCAAAAUCUGCCUUGGUUGGAGGCACCAUCAAACGCCUGGGGCGCAGAAAAACAAAGCACAAUUUUGUUGAUGAUUGGUCUGAAGACGUGGAGUUCCCGGACCCCGAUGCUAUCUUGGAACUAAAAAGUCCCCAGGCUGCAACCUUCCCUGAAUCACUCCAGCAGAUUAGCUCCGCGGCAGCAAGCCCGGUUAAAAAUUCGGCUUCGCCAUUCUGGGGUGAUGAUAUUACGAUACGAUUACAGUCCUCGUCGGCACACAUGGAAAGAUAUCGAGAGGACGAGGUCGGUGAUGUUGAAGAUAUCCCAACCAUCAAGCCCGCGAAACUACGUUCUCCACAAAAAGCAAGUGUUGUCAAUAAGCCGAUUUCAGAUAAGGAAAGGAAUAGGGUCGGUGCUCCUGAGGAUAAUUUCGAGUCAGACUUCGAACUGCCACCGGAUAACCUGAUUCGGCUUUCUCCUCUCAAAGCCAAGGCAGGAACGCAAAGUCCCUCGCCCGAGGAUUUCGAUAUGGAGUGGUCCGAGGGCAGUAUUGGGGUUCGAUUCGGGGGCACUACCAGAGAUCAUCGAUCAAAUCCUAGCUCGUCGGUCUCGGUUGUUAGCCCCAGUGCGUCAAGUUGCCUAACUGGUGAGAGCGAGGAUGAAGGUUUAGAUGGUCUCAUUAUUCCCGAAGGGCCAUUGGACCUGACGACGUCGAUGCAAAAGCGACUCGGGUCCAAAACCGCUUCCGUGAAGAUCCCGGAGACAAAGCAAGCCAGCCAAGAAACAACGGACCAGGACGAUUUCUUCUCUGGCCUUGAACUCGAGGGUGGUGACAUUUUUGAUACCAAAAGACUCUCCAUGAACCCAAACAUCAAGUGCAAGACAGACCCCGGGAGCCCAGCUCGACGCUCGGCGACGACACUCACUUUUACAAACACCACAGUCUCACCUAAAACGCGAAUUCCGCGUCUCUCUAAUCACGACCGUCAACAUUCGACACACCUCGAAACUGUCUCCGAGAGUGGUGCACCUCUAUCAAAGUUUCGGACGUCGUUUCCCAAGACCAGUGGCCACUCAUCACAUUCUUCUAUGUCUGGGAUAUCGUCUCACGCAACACCACUGGCUUCUCCAACUUCCCUGAGUCCCAGUCGUCGACUAGGUGCUGGUGCUAGACUGUCCAGAGACUCUUCUAGCAGCGAGCGUACAGUCACCGGGCGCCAGCUACUAAAAACAAAACGAUCGUUGCCCACAAUACGAAACCCAAGCCCAUCAGUUUCUGCAUCAUUCCCUCAAAACCUGCGUCAGGAUUGGAUGGGGUGCCCCAUCGGGUCUAACCCUCGGCCCAAAACACCUGUUGAGCGCUUUGGGAAUGAGGCAAGGUUGCUAGGCCGCAGAUUACAGGCGCCCUUCAUUCCAGCAGGGGCGUCAGAACAUCAAUCACAUCACGCCAGCGUGAAAAACUACCGGCAUACGCGGCGCACAAAUUCGGAUAGCUCGCAGGAAACGGUCGCUUCGCAAGGUCAAGUAUCUCGCCUGCCGCGACCAGGUCGCUAUGAAGCAGUCGGGCCUAAUGCUAGUGACUCGGGGACCCUUGUCACGGCCGCCAAGCGAACGCUCACUCGGCCAACUCGGCGGCGGAAUUUUGGGGACGGUACCGAGCUGGCAUCAUUCGACGAUCUACCUACGUCCUCGACAGCAGAAAGCAAAUUUGUCAAGCAUCCGUCUGGACGUGGUGCACCGAGAUCUCUCAAGAAUAAGCUGGGCCGGAGUCAGACCAUUCCUUCUAGAACAGAAGUGCAGCAGCCGGUACUAGGUAUCCCAUCCAAACCAUACGACCCGACCCCCCGUUUUGCUCGCGACACCAAUGCCUCGAGAAACGCUAGGGAGCAGCGCAUUGCUUCCAUGACGUCCGGUUCAAAACCUCGGGAGAAUAACGCGCUUGUCUCUCUGAGCUCGAAUUGGAAGCCUCAAACUAUAUCACGGGUUCCCGCAUCUCCAUUGUCCAUACGAAGCAAAAAGAGCCGAACUGCUACAAUACCUGGAAGCAAGCCUCAUCUGAUCAAGCCUCUGGGUGCGGGGGUUCAGGAGCGCAAAUCUGUGAAUGGCAUGCGUUACAAUCCUACCGCGUUUCGCUGGGAAGGGAAUGAAAGUCUAGCGCAGGACUUCGACGCCGAUUCUCCUCAAUCACCAAAACCCGCACCGGCACUGAUCACCAACGUGGGUGCCAUGCAAAAUGUGCAGGUGGUGGGGGGAAUGGUUUUCGAUCCACAGCGCAUGUGCUGGCUCAAGCUGGCGCCGUUGCAGCCCGGCACAAAGGGCUUGGUGGCUGUCCAGGACGAGGAUGAUAUCUUUGCCGGCCUUGGUAAUCUGGAGGAGAAAUCCGGGGGCAGCAUGCCACCGACCUCCGGUGUUACUAGUGAUGAGCUCGGUCCGGUCGUGAGCGGUGACGAUCGCAGUUGUGGAGACUCCUCUGACGAGUGGCCCAUGACGGAGGAAUUUGACGUUGGGCCGGAGUUCAUCCGGCGUCAGCGUGCAGAGGAAGAAAAAUGGCGACGCAAGGUCAAUAGAUGGACCGAUUUUGAUCGCGGGAAAUUUGGGGACAGCUGGAGAUGGGCCAUACGAGACUUGGUGGGAUUUAACAGCACUCUAAGCGUUCAGGGGUUCGGCGGUAGUUGA